AUGUCUCACGAGCACUCUCACGACGGGCCCCACGGCCACGCCCACUCCCACGAGGGCGGCUUCAACGCCCAGGAGCAUGGCCACUCCCACGAGAUCCUCGACGGUCCGGGCAGCUACCUCGGCCGCGAGAUGCCCAUUGUCGAGGGAAGGAAUUGGAGUGACCGGGCUUUCACCAUUGGAAUUGGAGGCCCCGUUGGGUCCGGCAAGACGGCGCUGAUGCUCGCGCUCUGCCUCGCGCUGCGUGAGAAGUUCUCCAUCGCCGCCGUGACCAACGACAUCUUCACCCGCGAGGACGCCGAGUUCCUCACCCGCCACAAGGCCCUGCCGGCGCCGCGCAUCCGCGCCAUCGAGACGGGCGGCUGCCCGCACGCCGCUGUGCGCGAGGACAUCUCGGCCAACCUCGCCGCCCUCGAGGACCUGCACCGCGAGUUCGACGCCGACCUGCUGCUCAUCGAGUCCGGCGGCGACAACCUCGCCGCCAACUACUCGCGCGAGCUGGCCGACUACAUCAUCUACGUCAUCGACGUCUCGGGCGGCGACAAGAUCCCGCGCAAGGGCGGCCCCGGCAUCACGCAGAGCGACCUGCUCGUGGUCAACAAGACGGACCUGGCCGAGAUCGUCGGCGCCGACCUCGGCGUCAUGGAGCGCGACGCGCGCAAGAUGCGUGAGGGCGGGCCCACCGUCUUCGCCCAGGUUAAGAAGAACGUCGCCGUCGACCACAUCGUCAACCUCAUGCUGAGCGCGUGGAAGGCGAGCGGCGCCGAGGAGAACCGCCGCGCGGCGGGCGGCCCGCGCCCGACCGAGGGCCUGGACAGUCUGAAAGCUUGA